AUGUCGUCGUUCCUUUUCCGCCGCGCCGCCGCCACUGCUGGAGCUGCCCGCGCCUUCAGCACCACCUCGCCUCGCUCCAUCGCCCGCAUCACCAUCGUCGGCAAUCUGGCCGAUGCGCCCGAGGCCCAGGUCAGCGGCAACGACAAGGAGUACGUGCGGUAUGCCGUCGCGAGCAACAGCGGGAGCAAGGACAACCGCACAACCAGCUGGUUCCGCGUGACGGGCUUUGUGGAGGGUCCUCGCAGGGACUUUUUGCUGGGUCUGGCCAAGGGCACUCUGGUUUAUGUUGAGGGUGAUGCGAGCAUCAGCUCUUACACGGACUCCAAUGGACAGACCAGACAAGGCCUCAGCGUCAUCCAGCGCCAUAUCGAGGUUCUAAAGCGCCCCUCACUUCCUGAGCAGGGCGAGUAA